AUGACACCGAUCCAGGCGGAAGAAAAUCCUGCACUAGUGACUUUAAAACAACGCACAAUAACUAAUAGAAAAGUAAAAUUUCAUGUUGGAGAUAAAGUUCGAAUAAGCACUCAGAAAGGAGUUUUUACAAAAGGAUUUUUACCUAAUUGGUCAACAGAAAUAUUCACAAUAGUAAAAAUAAACAAAACAGAACCACCGACUUAUCAGUUACACGAUUAUCAUGAUGAACCAAUAGCCGGUACCGUAUGCUUAGGUUGUAUAGAAUUAUUUGAAGACCACACUGGAGAAAACUUGGCAGACACUUUACAAUUACUUUUAUUAGAUUAUAAUUGGUCUGUUUCUCCCAAAAAUGUUUGUGCAUUUACAACUGAUUGUGGUGCUAAUAUAAUAAAGGCUAUCAAAAACUUAGAUGUAAAACAUGUGCCUUGUUUUGGUCAUGCGUUCAAUACUGCGGUUGGAAAUAUAUUUAAACUUGAAGAAAUACAAAUUGCUGUAAACAAAACGCAGAAAAUCCAAAACAUCUUUGCUCAUAGCUGGCAAGCUGUUAGAGAGAUGAAAAUUGAGCAAGAACGUUUUGGGUUGAAAAAAAUUAAACUGCCAUCUUAUUCCAAAACUAGAUGGUGGUCUCUUCUUGAUCUAAUUUCAGUCAUUUUAGAUCAAGAGUUAGGGAUAUCUAGUUUUCUUAAGACCUAUAAAAAUAGUCAGUUUAAGAGUUUAAUUUUGUCUGAUGAUGAAAUUGAUGUCUUGAAAUGUAUUAUAAUGAUUUUAAAACCAGUGCGAGAAAUAACUGACCAUUUAGCUGGAGAAAGUUAUGUAACUGCAUCUGCUGUAUAUCCAGUUAUAUUUAAUCUGAAAACAAAACUAUCAGAAGCUGUAAAUAGCAAUAAUAUUGGAUCGGCAUCUAAUGAAAAAUUUCUUGACAAACGUUACAAUAAUAAUAUUGCUUUAAAAAUAUGUAUGGUUUUGGACCCAAGGUUUAAAACCACCUUUAUUGCUCAGGAAGAAAUGCCAGAACUAAAAACAGUAAUAGGAGAAUAUUGCUUAGAAUCUUGGAUGGAAUGGUCAUUGAAAGAAAUGCAUAACAAAGAAGAUGGUAAUUUGUCUUUUUUUGGUGAUAGCUGUCAUUUACUUACAACAAAAAAACAAAAAACUGGACUUUCUGCCAUUUUUGAUGUACCAUCAAAUAAUGAUGAACUUCAAGAUCAAGACAUAAAUUUUUGUAGCAAAAUAAACAGGGAAAUUUACUUGUACAUAGAAUUUUCAAAAGUACUAUAUGAACAAGAUCCAUUAAAAUGGUGGUCUUUGAACUGUACAACCUAUCCAUUUUUAAGUAAUAGUAAUAAAAGAAUAUUCAGCAAAGGAGGAUUAAUUGUGACAGACCAUAGAGCAUCAUUAACUAACGAUCAUAUAAGUGAGUUAGUUUAUUUAUCAAUGAACAAAAUUCAUGUUCCAAAACCUUAA